CUUUCCCGGCUGUUCUUUUUGUCCGUCUGGAUUGAGUUUUCACGUCUUAUAACCAAUUUCAAAGUAAGAAUUUACUGAGUUUUUACUUAAAUUAAGUUCAAAGUCAUUCAUCAAGACUGAUCGUAGCCGAAACGAAUCGAAAAUCAUUUCAAUAUCAGCAACAAUAAAUAAUGGCUGCUUGUCCUCUUGCUUCUGAACGUGUUUGGGUUGAAAAAUCUCAAUAUCAAGACGCUGAACAGAAAUACUUCGAACAUUUAUCGAAGCUGCUUAAAGGAUCUUCCACUAUUGAUAUGCCAGAGAUGUCAACUGACACGAUUGUCGUUAAAUCUCCCAUGAAAAAAUCUAAGAAAAACAACAAAAAGGAAAAGAAGGAAACUGCAUCAAUAAUUGAGCUACCAGUUAAAGUUCAACCGGUUCAACCGUCAGUAGUGUCAUCUGCAACAUCAUCGUCUAGUGACGCCCCCGUACACAAAACUAAGGCAAAGAAAGACAAAAAUAAUAAGACCAAACAGAUGACAAAGCAAAACACUGCCGAGUCAUUACAAUCGAUUGAAAAUAAUAAGGAAAUCGAUGAAGCGAAAGAGUGUCCCUUUCAAGCUGCUUUCGAAACAGUCACCGGCAAUAAGCCGAAGAAGCAACGGAAGGCGAAAAAGGUUACCAAAGAGGACAGUUUCGUAUCCGAGGACCUUUCAACGCAAGCUGAAAGGAAGGUGAUUGACGUUGAAAUUAAACCAAAGGAAAAACGAUCAAAAGCUGAGAAAAAGAAACUGGCUGCAAAUUGCAUUGAUGACAAAUCACAGGCUGGUGGUGAAUGUACUCUCGUCAAUGAAAUAGCUAAGGCUCGUCAACACAUUAAGAAUUCACUUGAACGCAUGGACGGAAUCGCUGCACUAGCUUCAACACCUGGCAAGGAUGUUCUAGAUCGCAUUGCAUCUCUUGAAAAGGAAAAUGCGUCCCUUCGAGAAAUCGUCGAACAGCUGAAGAAAACCUCUUUGAAGACAGAAGAUCGCAUCAGUAAAUUGGAAUCACGAUUGCAGUCAGUAAGCAAUGGACCGGCUCAGGCAGCUCCAGCUCCAGCAGCCGCCAGUAAUAGUAAGUCAGAUGAUGAUGAUGGCGUUGAUCUAUUUGGCUCUGAUUCUGAGGACGAAGAUGAAGCUGCCGCAAAGAUUCGCGAACAGAGAUUAGCUGAGUAUGCAGCGAAAAAGUCAAAGAAGCCGGCUCUCAUUGCUAAGUCAAAUGUUAUCUUAGAUGUAAAGCCGUGGGAUGACGAGACUGACAUGAAGAAAAUGGAGGAAGAAGUUCGUAAAAUAUCCACCGACGGUCUUCUUUGGGGUGCUGCUAAAUUAAUACCGUUAGCGUUCGGCAUACACAAACUGAGUAUUUCGUGCGUCGUAGAAGACGAUAAAGUGUCCAUUGACUGGUUGACCGAAGAAAUCGAAAAGAACGAGGACAUCGUACAGUCGGUCGAUGUUGCUGCGUUCAAUAAGAUCUAAGGCGCUUGUGAUGGGACGUAUUCAUGGUCAUUUGGCAUUCCUCAAUAAACGACAACCAUUUUGAAAGCAAUUUUGAUAAACGAGUAAUCCACUUGAGUGACUGCUAACCGUUUCUCCUUAUUUCUUUUGUAAUGUGAAAUGUAAUCUAAAAAGCUGUAGUCUCUCAAAAUUUCAAUUUCAUCAAUAAAUGUUUUAUCCCAGCGAAA